GAGAAAGUGAGAACGCGUACCUUAACAAAAGUAGUAAAUUUAACAGUACAAAUAAUUUAACAAAUAAGUAAUAUUCAACAUGUCUUUAGUCAAGUGUUGCUUUGACGCGCCCGAAAUAUCGGACCUUGUGGACACCUUUAUACAGAAAUGUACAGAUCCUGGUUGCUGUUGUGGGUGUUGUAGUGCUUUUAGACCAAGAUAUAAGAGAUUAGUUGACAAUAUAUUUCCUGUGAACCCUCACGAUGGUUUGGUUAAAUCUAAUAUGGAAAAACUCACAUUUUACUCUCUUAGUUCGCCAGAAAAAUUGGAUAGGAUUGGAGAGUAUCUUUAUCAAAAAGCAGCUAGAGAUAUCUAUCGAAAGAAAUAUGGAUUUGUCAUUAUUGCAAUGGAAGCGAUGGAUCAGCUUCUAUUGGCCUGCCAUGCACCCACAUUGAAUUUGUUUGUAGAAAGUUUCUUGAAAAUGGUACAAAAGUUACUUGAGUCAACUGAACCAGAGCUACAAAUAUUAGCAACACAAUCGUUUGUUAAGUUUGCAAAUAUUGAAGAAGACACUCCAUCAUAUCAUAGGAGGUAUGAUUUCUUUGUGAGUAAAUUCUCAGCGAUGUGUCACAGUGGUGACGAGCCAGAGAUAAGGAAUAAAAUACGAACAGCUGGUAUAAAAGGUUUACAGGCAGUGGUUAGAAAAACUGUGUCUGAUGAUCUUGUGGAAAAUAUUUGGGAACCUGUGCAUAUGGACAAAAUUGUUCCUAGUUUAUUGUUUAAUAUGCAAGAUUCAGGAUUUCAUAUUAAGGAUCCAGGGACUACAGAUAUUACACCAGAAGACACUACCGAUCCUCCCAUGCUGGCUGAAACCUGCAUGAGGGAGUUGGUUGGAAGGGCUUCAUUUGGACAUAUUAGGGCUGUUUUGCAGCCUGUCUUAAGGCACUUUGACUUGCAUGAGCUAUGGGUACCAAAUCAGUUUGCAAUCCACACAUUCCGUAUCAUCAUGUUCUCUAUUCAGGCGCAAUAUUCUUAUACAGUGGUAGAAACACUAAUGGCUCAUUUGGACGAAAACGCAAAAUCCAGUCCAACCAUCAGAACAAAUAUUGCUGGUGUUUUAUCCAAGAUUAUUGCCAUUGCUGCUGGAGAAAGUGUCGGUCCUUCCGUUCUUGAAAUCAUCAAUUCCCUUCUGAGUCACUUAAGGGACUCCGUAAAAGUGGGCGCCAGUCAGACCGAAGAAAAGCAAUACCAAGAAGCAUUAAUAAACGCUUUGGGAGAGUUCGCCAAUCACCUUCCAGAUUACCAGAAAAUCGAAAUAAUGAUGUUCAUUAUGAGCAAAAUACCCUACCCCCUAGUAGACAACCAAACUCCGGCCGACAAUUUGCUGCAAAGCAUCUUGCUGAAGAGUUUGCUCAAAGUUGGUACCAAGUACCAAACCAUACAUUUGAACACAACAUUCCCGGUUUCCUUCUUGGAGCCGCUUCUAAGAAUGUCUUUGGCGCCGGAUCCGGACAUGAGACUGCUUGUACAGAAAAUAUUGCACACUCUUAUUGACAGACAUCACAAUUUAGAGAAGUUGAACAAACCUAUUGUUUAUGUUGCUGAUUUAGAACUUACUAUGGAAAAAUCCUCAAGGCCCGAUUUGAUCUUUAUUAAUAAACAUGGACCAACUAUUUACGACGCCUUGUACACAAGCUUGCAAAUAGAAAGCAAUACCACAGAAAAUAUUGAAGCUGUUUACACCACCUUAGCAUUACUUUGCGUUGAACUAGCAAGCGCGGAGACUGUUAUUGAUCUACUUCAAUUACUACUUGGAAUUCAAAGUCUAGCUUUGAACAGCACCUCCAUAACCUCAACCCAAAAAUUCAACCUCCACGCUCUAGUCAUAAGCCUGCUAGUGCUGAUCCCUACAGUGGUCAGCAUCGAACCUCUAUCCGAUUACGCGAACAGGAUCGUGAACAAGCGCAGGGCGGAAGCGCCGCAACUUCUGCCGGAAAUGAUGAUGCACUACCCCGCUUCCGCCGAGCCGGCGAGCAAGGUGCCGCACCUGCUGGUCGACCAGAUGGCGGUGUGCGAGUAUCUGAGGAGCGGCGGCAUCGAUCCGGCCAGGCUGGCGCAGACGUCGCCGUACGGGGCCGGCGGACCGGGUAAUUUGGCGAGCGCGCACAGGCACAGCUGGAUGGAGAACGGCGCCAGGGGCAGCAUCGUCGAGUUGACGUCCGCGCACGAGGUGGACAGUGCUGCCAGUUCCCCUGGUGUUCAGAGGAAACUACCAGAGGAGGAACUGACAUUUGAAAGCAUGAAGAAAGUUUUAUCAGAACCACCAGAAGUGAGAAAAGAAGCCGAAGCUGAAAGAAGAAAACAAAUCAGCCACACUUUUAGAACGGCAACGUUCUCGGAAUUAGUGCGUAGAACGCAACCUAAGCAUGAGGUUCUACAGAACAAACUUAACGAAAUAUUUAAGUCUUUGAGCGUGACUGAACAACGCGCUUCAGAAGAAAAAUUGUCAGAGAAACCUACGUAUGAGCAAAACUUCCCAGAAUUGUUCUUUUACUAAUUUAUUAUUAAGGUUAAGGUGUAAGUUUCCAAUUUUAUGUUUUUUUAACCCCAAAGUGUUGGUUGUUUCAAGGUGUAUAAAGUAUUUAUUUUUUGCGUACUGUGUUAUCUAUUUUUCUAGACAAAUUUUAUUGUAUUAUGACAUUCUGUUAUGUCCUAAAGUAAACUUUAUCCCAGUUGAAGCCUUGUUUUAU